AUGAGAAUCCUCUCAUGGAAUGUCGGGGGUCUAUUGGCCUUUGACAAACAGAGACUGGUUAAACGUUGUUUGCUAAAGGAUAGUCUAGAAAUUAUUCUUAUUCAAGAAACUAAGUUUAACCAUGAUUGUGGUGUGAAAUUUUUUAAGUAUUGUAGAGUCUGGGAAGGGGAUUUUCAAGAUGCAUGUGGAAAAUUAGGGGGCCUGGGGAUCGUGUGGAACCCCAAGUACAUGAAAUUAUCUAUUAAAGAGAAAAUCCAAUAUUGGAUUAUGGGGGAAGGUCAUCAUUUGAAUUCCAACAAAUCAUUUGUUUUGAUCAAUGUGUAUGGCCCAUCCAUGCCAGAGGAGAAAGUCGAAGUAUGGAAUACCACACUUGGGGUGAUGAAUAGGGAGAAGCCCAAGGAGAUGAUUGUGGGAGGGGAUUUCAAUGCGAUCCUCAACCACAAGGAGAAAGUUGGAGGCUUGGUGAGGAAUAGUAAAGCAAUGCUCGACCUUGGGGAAUUUGUUCCUAAUUCUCUGCUUUGCGAUAUUGAGCCAAAUAAUGGUCGCUUCACGUGGACCAAUAAGAGGGAAGGGUCCUCCAAGAUUUCAGAAAUGCUCGAUCGCUUUCUAGUUUCUAAAGGAUUGGUGGGAAGUGAUUUGUCGAUUUCCUCGUCAAUAUUUCCUUACUUAGCCUCAGACCAUUUUCCCAUACCAUUGAAGAUCAAUCUUCCUAACCGCAAUAUGAAGGGCUAUUUCAAAUUUCAAUCUAUGUGGUGGCGGGAUAGUUCAGUGGUGGAUAACUUGGAACAAUGGUGGAAAGAUAGUGACCAAUUUAAAGGAACGCUUAGCUUUUGGUUCUCUUGCAGAUUGAACUUCAUUAAGAACAAUUUGAAGGAGUGGAACAUUUCACAAUUUGAGAAUAUCUUCGUAGAGAAGGCUCAGAUUGAGGAGGAGCUAGAAAGGCUCAACGAGAGAGUUAUAGUAUGUAGAAUGGGAGACUCAUAA